AUGGGCAAUUUCCUGUGUAAACUUCUUUCCACGCUCCGCCGCCGGCGCCCGCGGGGCUGGCGCUCGCUGGCUUUGCGCCCUCGGGGUGCCACCACAUCUGGCCGGGGCCACCCCGCUGCCCCAGCUCCUGCUUUACAACCUGGUCGCAGGCUGCUCAACCAGGAUCGAGUGCCCUCAUCAUCCGGCUUUUACUGCGCGCCGAAAAGGUGGUACCCAAUCCAGCAGGCUGGGUACUCCCGGGUAGGCGCCCUACCCCUGGUGAACUUGAGGGAGCGGCCGAAUCAGCAGCCCGUCCUGUCUACUCGUAAUUCCAUGAGGUGUGGACCUUCGAUAACCCUCAGAAUUCCUCCACUGGGGCGCAAAAUUCCUCUCCUGCAUUCACUCCCUGAGCUACCUCUUCAGGUAGCCAAGGCUGGGAGGCCGGUACCAACCAGUCCCCGCCCACUUCCUUGUGCAAAGGAGAGCAAGGCGAUGGUCCAGGAAGAGCGCAGGGAAGGCAUGACAGCGGAGGAAGGUCACACGGAGGCCGAAGGAGAGGACGACGGAAAGGUGAGUCCGGAGCGCAGCGGGGCUACGACAGUGACACCGAGGCCCCCGGAGACCGGCGGGCUCCUCCCGCCCCUCCAGUGCAGUCCCGAGCCUCCAAACCUCCUUCCGGGGCACCCAGAAGACAACUUCAGUGAGAAAGCCCAGGUGUCUCGGACGAAGCCUUCCUCCCAAAGCCCCGCCAUGUGCUCAGACGGCACUGCUGGAGACGGCCGGCCUCCCUCGCAGCCUGGCCCCCUGGCCGCGGUGCUCUCUGCCCCAAGUCCGUGCUGCAGCCUGCUGCCCGAGAGGCCAGUAGAAGUGGUGCUGGGUGAAGACCACCAACCCGGCUCCCCAGAGUUACUGAUGUCCGGGAAGGCGCUGCAGCGUGAGCCACCUUCAGACACCCCGCAGAGAAGCUCUUCUCCCCUGGGAGCUGCCGGCAGUCGGCGCCCCUGCAAGAGAACGAUGCCCCCUCCGCUUUCUCUGUCACUGCCGCCACUGCUGCCGCCGCUGCCACCGCCGCUGCCACUCCCGCUGCCGCUGCCCUGGGGUCGCAGUGACCUUCCCCCGCCCCCGAAGCUUCCAGGCAUGACUCGCGCCAAAACCCGGUGCACCCGAAAACAAAACAUGGACCGUCAGCGCAACAGAAUCCUGAAAGAUGCAAGGAAGGCCAUGCGAUGCCGCAGCGCCGCCCCGCCUGCCCCAGGGACCACAGGGACCACAGGCUCCAUGCCUCCGGUCAGUCUGUUGCAGGUCCCUCCUACCACCACUGACUUGGCCAACCUGUCGUCCAGAUUCCCCAGUCUGGCUGGCCUUCCACCUUCUAUGGAUCCGGUGGCAAGACACACAGCCCCCGUGGACUCUCAUUCUGCUAGUCCUGCUCUUCCUUCAGUUUCCAAUCCCAUUGUGGGAAUUACCCUCAAGAAGGAUGCAGGUACUCCGAGUUCAGUCAGAGCAACACCACCUGUUAUUUCUGACCUCUCCAAACCUGUGAGCACCCCAACCCUCCCCUUCCAGCCACCCUCCUACAAAAGUGAAUCCCCAACACCCAUGUGUGUAGAUUCUCCCCCUCCCUUACUCACCCCUCUUCCAAACCAUCCCAUUGCUCCCCCUGAUCCAACUAAGCAGCCCAUCACUUCCACUGUGGUCCCUUUUACCACCACAGUCACAGCAUCUGCAAGUGUAACCUUCCAGUCUCCUCCAGAUCAGGACGUCACUGACAUGGACACUACCCCCCCUUCGCAGGCUGUAAUUCUUCAGUCUUCCCCAGGUAUUGGGGGGCAGCAGACACACACUGCAGGGAGACCAGACACCACCAGCUCAUUUGUGCCGAUGGUCUCUUCAAUUUUUAACUAUGCCUUUCACUCCCAAACCAACACUCAGCCUGCAUUUGCAGCUACUGAUGGGCAGCAGAGAGCCUCUGUUUUUCCCGGGCCCCCAUCUGGGGGUCAGGCUGCCGCCUUUCCCGGGCCCUCAUCUGGCCCUCCUGCUGCUGCCUUCCCCGGGCCCUCAUCUGGGUAUCAGGCUGCCGCCUUCCCCGGGCCCUCAUCUGGCGCUCCUGCUACCGCCUUGCCCGGGCCCUCGUCUGGCGCUCCUGCUGCCGCCUUGCCCGGGCCCUCGUCUGGCGCUCCUGCUGCCGCCUUGCCCGGGCCCUC